CCGCGCGAGGGGACGAGGCAGCGGGGUGUUAUUUUAGUUGGCCGUCCCUCGUGCGUUAGAAACUAUAAAUCUCAAGCCUUUUCCCCCCCACAAUCUUCAUUUUGGCCUGUGUUACAUCCAACACCCUACCUGCCUUUUCUCUCCCAAAGAUCUGUGUUACAGUAUAAGUGACCAAACAUGGCAGAUGCACCGAAAAGGAAGAUCAGCUCGGGGCGGAGGCUCGGGUUGAAGAUAAAAAUGUUGUACACAGCAUUUGACAUGCUUGCUGUUGAGAAGGAAGACUUGGAUGAAGAGAGAAAGACCACGCUGGCUGAACGAGUACCUCCGCUGAAGUUGUCAGGCCUGUCAGUGCAGGAGCUCCAGGACCUCUGCAAAGACCUGCAUCACAAAAUUGAUGUAGUUGAUGAGGAGCGGUAUGACGUUAUGAUCAAAGUGGAAAAACUUGACAAGGAGAUGGCCGACAUGAAGAUUAAGGUGAUGGAGCUGACCAGAAAGAAGCCGACUCUGAAGAGGGUGAAGAUCUCUGCAGAACAGCUGCUGUCCGUCCUGCUCGGCUCCAAUCAGUCAAAGACUAUUGACUUCAAGGCCAACCUUAAGACAGUCAAGAAAGAGGAGGAGAAGAAAGAGGAGGUGACUGACUGGCGUAAGAAUGUGGAGGCCAUGUCAGGCAUGGACGGCAGGAAGAAGAUGUUCGACGCCGGACAGUAACAGAAUCAUGAGAGGACUGAACACACUUGACUGCCAAGGUUGAUUUCGAUACGUUCCCUAAUUAAAAAUGAUUUUCAUGUUAUAUUCACAUGGAACUAUCUUUAGUAACACAAUUCAGGCAUGUACACACUCACGAAUUUUUAUGUCAAAUAGAGGAUUGAAAUUUCAAAUAGUCAUACAUCAAGAAUGAUUGAGAAACAUUGUAAAGGAUUAAAAAAAUAAAGAUGUUUUUGAACAAUUGGGCAUGACAUCAAAUGCUGCACAUAACUGCAUUGGUGAUUUUAUAAAUGAUGUGUUUUGCUUUUGUAUCUGAGGCUUGUAUAGAAGCUGUUGUUCUUAUUUGUUUGUAACUGUGUUGUAUUUGUGAUGUAUACUGGGAGCACGCCAAUAUGGUGACGUCUACUACCCUGGAUAUGACAAAAAAUGCAUGACCUCUGUACUGAAACAUGUGUCCCCAUUAAAGAUGACCUUGAUAAGA